UUCGUGUUCGGCCAGCGGGACAGGGGACCCGAGCGCGUCGGACUUUGGGAAUCAGGCGCCUGCUCGGUUCAGGGCACGUGCACCUGGCUUUUCGCAUCCUCUUCCCCAGGCAGAGCGGCGUCUGGAAGGCGGCAGUGAGUCACCUGUCUGAAGGGCAGGCGGUCCUGUGCUCUCUAAUCGCCUUCACCCAGACACUCGAAUUAGAUGCGUCUAGAGCGCAGACGCGUCCGCAUCCGGGGCUUCUAGACACUGCCCCGCCCCCGCCUCGCGCGUUUGCCCCUCUGGUGAGGACGGCGGGAGUCUGGGCAGGGAGCAGCCUUCAGCUUCACCUGGGAGGCAAGUCAGGACACUUCCGAUGUCUGUCUCUGUGUCCCUGCGCUGUCUUCUGGGGUCCACCUCCCCACCGUGGCUUGGGUCUGUGAGUCUGCCCAGCCUCUCUGUGCUGCCCCAGGCCUUGACCUCCAGGUGAGGCCUGCGUCGUGGGCGGGGCUUCUCAGCCCUGGCCGAGGGGUGCUUUAUCUCUGUGCCCUGAGGCAGAAAUGGGAGGGUGUGUGGUGUCAGCUGUCCCCAGACCUCCCGAUCUGAUGCGGGGUGUGUGUUUGCACCCAGUGUACGUGCACCCUGCGUGCGUUCUCUGCGUGAACCCCAGAACUCAUAUUUGUGGCCUCUUUUAAACACGACCCUUUCUCCUUCCCCUUCCUCCUGCUUAUUAAAAGGUGGAAAGAACCGUUAAGCCACCUGUUCUCACUUUGUGGAAGGCCAGCAGAGGCCCCCAGUCACUCGGCUCGUCCGCAGUCACAGUGCUCCGGCCGUUGGGCGUAGGAGCCAGGGCGGCCACGGCUUCAGCCCGAGGUCACCCCCAGCCCUGCUCGGUCGUCUCUCCUCGUGACUUCCGCCAGCAUUUCGUGGGAGUCAGGCUGGGCAGGCGAGUGCGGUCGGCCCCUUGGGGCUCGAGCUCAGUAAACUUGAGCAUGGACACCUGGCUUGCAGCCUCUUCCUCCCUCCCUCCGCCCCCGCCCCAGGUGAGCCAGGCUUCUCUUUGCUGAUGAGCCAAAGUUGACAAAUGAACGGUUGAACUAAACAGCCAGAAGCUCCCUGACUGCGACUGACAGCUUUAGCAGUUUCUAGGACUUUUAAGCAAGUUUUUGAAAUGCCAGUAAUUAAGAAAUGCUCUUAUGUUCAUCUUCAUUUAUUCCCAUAAUAUUUAGCCUUAAGAGGGGCCAUGACUUAAUUUGUCCCUUCGAGGGGACAGUUUCACAGAUGCCCUUUAGACUCUUGCUGACAUGUCACUCGUGGGCGGCUCCCCGAUCUUUCUCCCAGGCUUGUGCUGUUAUCACGUACCACAGGGUUUUUGUCCUUUUGAAUCAGAGGCUCGUAUGAUUUGGUAACACAAAGUGCACAGGGUACACCCGGAUGACAUUUGUACCUCGGUUUCUACUUGUGUUUGUCUCUUAAUCAUGCCAUCAUAAAUGGCAUGACUGGCAGGAGGAAGUUAAAAAUGUGUUUCUCCCACUGACAUUUGCCAGUGAUUUUAUACGCUUGGAUUUCGUAGCUGUUGAAACAGUUGUCCAUCCAUUCGUUAGCGUGUUCUUAAUUUGCUUUGGCCUACGCAGGCUUUUAAAAAUAUCCCAGAGCUUUCUUCCCAUUAGCCAUACUGAGUUCACGGGUAUGUUCACAACUGGGCAAACACACAGUUGCCCACGCCCGAUCUUGAGCUUUCUCGACGGGAACCCCGUUAAGGACCGGGGCGUGUGCCAGGGUCCUGACUGCACACAUGGGCUGGCGCUCCCUCUCACUGCUCUGGGGCCUUCGGCUACGUGUAAACACACGCGCUCAUUGUUGGCCAACCCUGAGGCCCUCUAGGCCUGGGACCGUGUCUGUCACCUAAGUGGACUGUCGUCGGGAGCACAUGUGGCUGACUUCCGUCUAGAGCGGCUCUGAGCCCUGCUGUCAGGGCUGGGAGGCCGAGGGCUCAGCUGUGACCAGCAGGCUAGGUCCGGUCGCAGCACGGAGUGUCAGGUCAGCACCGCUCUGGGUGAGCCCCCUCCCCACUGGGAUGCAGCUUCCUGUUUGGAGAAUGAGAGGUGGUUCUUAAGGAGAUGGGGGUGAUUUUGCUGCCUCCCCCCAAGGGACAUGUGGGAGUGUCUGGAGGCGUAUUUGGGCUGUCACAGUGGGAGGGUGCUGUUGGCAUCUGGUGAGCAGAGGCCAGGGAAGCUGCUGAACAGCCUUCAGUGCAGGACGCCGUGGGAGAGCCCGGUCCAGCCCCAGGUCACGUGGCCUCCAAGGGCCUGCUCACUGCCAUCCAGGGCUUCUCACUCGCCAGUGCCCUUGGGAGUAGAAGCUGUUGUGUCCUGUGGCAGUUCCAUGUUUUGCGACCGUGGCUGCCACCGACACGUGUCUGCUGAGAUGACAGGUGCUCACAGGAGAGCAUCACACCGUCCCCUCGCGGGGUCUGAGCCGACAGCCCCGUGCAGGGUUGUCCGUCUUUGGGUGGCCGCACAUCUGGGGCCACAGGGUGUGUUGGGAGCGGAUGCGGAGUCCCACGCUCCCGCGCCCAAGAAGCACCUGGCUAGGCUGGGGUGGCCCCGGCACAGCCUCACCAGGCGUCUGUGGCCCCCAGUUCCUCCGAGUCACGAAGCAGUACCUGCCGCACGUGGCGCGCCUCUGCCUGAUCAGCACGUUCCUGGAGGACGGCGUCCGCAUGUGGUUCCAGUGGGGCGAGCAGCGGGACUACAUCGACAGCACCUGGGGCUGCGGCUACCUGCUGGCCUCCUCCUUCGUGCUCCUCAACCUGCUCGGGCAGCUCACUGGCUGCGUCCUGGUGCUGAGCCGGAACUUCGUGCAGCACGCCUGCUUCGGGCUCUUCGGGAUCAUAGCGCUGCAGACGAUUGCCUACAGCAUUCUCUGGGACUUGAAGUUUUUGAUGAGGAACCUGGCCCUGGGAGGGGGCUUGCUGCUGCUCUUGGCGGAGUCCCGUUCUGAGGGGAAGAGCAUGUUUGCGGGCGUCCCCACCAUGCGCGAGAGCUCCCCCAAGCAGUACAUGCAGCUGGGGGGCCGGGUCCUGCUGGUGCUGAUGUUCAUGACCCUCCUGCACUUCGACACCAGCUUCUUCUCGAUUCUCCAGAACAUGGUGGGCACGGCCCUGAUGAUCUUAGUGGCCAUCGGCUUUAAAACCAAGCUGGCUGCCUUGACUCUCGUCGUCUGGCUGUUCGCCAUCAACGUGUAUUUCAACGCCUUCUGGACCAUUCCCGUCUACAAGCCCAUGCACGACUUCCUCAAGUACGACUUCUUCCAGACCAUGUCGGUGAUCGGAGGCCUGCUCCUGGUGGUGGCUCUGGGCCCCGGGGGCGUCUCCAUGGACGAGAAGAAGAAAGAGUGGUAACAGCCCCUUCCCCGCCUGGCGAAGACCCGUGGCCAUCGAGGACUGGUUCGGGGCGCAUCCGACAAAACUGCCAGCAUUUAUGUACCCUCCUCCCCUCCCUCCCUCGGUAAAGGCACAGAUGUUUUGAGAACUUUAUUUGCAGACACAUGAAAUUUGAUGGCUAGAUCUGCUCUGCGCCCACCACCUGGGAGCUGAGCGUUCGGAGCUGGCCGGCCGGUAGCCCCUUCCUCCCUUGGCGGGAGUGGCUGGGUUGGCUGUGGCCUCUUCGUCCUUUUUGUCUUUUUUGGGUGGGGGGGGCUCCAGGCUGUACUGUGAGCAGAUACAUCUGUGUAUCAUUUGAAGCAGUCUCCCUCUUAUUUUUUUAAAGUUUGUUUUUAGCUAAAACUACUACACGAUUUGCGAUGGCCCCGCCAAACGUCACUCUAACUCUCUGGUUGAAAAUCACAUCGGUGGCUUAACAGCGGUUCUGCCCUGCAUUGUACACUUUAUGGGGACAGUGAAAACACCUAGGAAAACCCCAGCCCCAAAGAAUGAGGCAGGAUUAGAAGAGUUGACGGUUCUGGUAAAAGACGCUGAUGACUCAGAAAAUCGACCCGGACUGGCGCACGAUUUUUUAUGGGGUCACACGGGGAACUUAGGUGACUCAAGGUGGGGAUGGAGAUUCUAGAAGUCUUUGGGGAAGCACAGAGCCUGCAGAGACCUGCAUGUCCACCUGGGCCUGGCGGCAUGUCUGUAAGGUGGCCCUGGCCGCUCCCGAGUGGCUGGCUUGGGAGGGGCAGGGCCGUGACAGCGCCGGCUCACAGACCAGUUACCUCACACACGGCCUCACGUGGCCUCGGCCGGGACCGCGGGCAGAGCUCGCCCUGGCCGGUCACCGGCCGGGCUUUCUUUGGCCUGACGGACGGUCCCAGGCUGUGCAGCCACGACGUACGUUUUCACGAGGCUGUUGCCCGCUCAGAUCACCUGUUUGCUAUGCUGAAUGCAACCCAAAUCCUUUUUAGUUGUGAUGAUGCCUUACGGAUCGGGUCUGACUCCUGUCACGUGCUCUAACGUUGCCUUACGCUGCAUUUUUCUCGGGGGGCGUGAGUGCUCGUUGCCACCCUCCGCUCGUCCUCACUGUAGUGAAGGCCACUGGGGCAGUCGGAACAUCUCUGCGCGUCCCGUUGUCCCCCCGAGCUCUGUGGGGCAGACCGACUUGGCCAAGCUGACCAGACUCGGGACCUGGAGGCCCUUCAGCCUGGCCUCGGAGCUUCUUUCCUCCGGUCAUCAGCCCGGUGUGCGAGCCUGAGGGCCGCCCCAGUCUCCAUGUUCACCCUCCAGACCAGAGCCAGGGGUAGUUAAGUGGGGAGCCCCCACGCCUCAGUCAGCCACACGGGCAGGGGAGGCUGCCUUUUGUCCCCCAGUUCUCUUAAGACCUAUGCCUGGCUCUGUAGCUUGGCCCUGCCUAAUCCCAGGGGAAUGAGGAUGCACCUGUCACCACCCCACCUGUGUCCCAGCCACAGCUGCGGCUCAUCCCUUGUUAGAGGGGCAGUGGCUGAAGGAGGGUGUUUCUACUCUCCCAUUUAGGAUCACCGCAUGGAGGGUGGUUCCUUGCCUCAGCCUGGGCCAGCUGGCCUCCUGGCCCACACCCUGUCCCUGCCCACACAGCAUGACACCCCAUCGAAUGGCGCCACCAGCCAGGCUGGUCUCUGUGGCAGUUUCUGACAGGGUAGGGGUCCUCAGCACUGUGUGUGGGAACCUUUGUUGGUUUGUGAGCCCAGGAGGCCAAGGGGUGCGGUCGCCCCCGGUCAUCCUCAAUGCCGAGGUCGUUCCCGCCUCCCAGGCCCCAAGUGGGCUAGUGCUUGGGCCUGGGGCAGAUGCUUUGGUCGGGAGGGGUGGAAAGUAGGAUCUACCAGUUGGUUUUGGCAAAACGAUUUCUGAAAAAUUUUUUGCUUUUUGUGGGAAAUAGGUAUAAAUCUCAUUUUAUGCUGUAUUUUAUAUCCUAGUUGUGUUUCAGAACGUUCUGAUUUUUGGAAACACAUAAAAAUAAAUAAUGGCAUUUGUUGUA